CUCAUUCCACUCGCACUCGGGCCUCAGGCUGGGUGGAGCUCAGCACCGGGGUGUUGGUGGCAGCACUGAGGGGCCCCCACUGCCCCGUCAUGGUGUCUGCUCUCACCGUCCUCCUCCUCGGCUGCUGGCUGGUCGGGCAGAGCAGGGUGUCAGGAGAGGGGUCCCUCCCCAAACCCUCCAUCUCCGUCAGCCCCGGUGGGGUGAUCCCCGUGGGGGGAAACGUCACCAUCAGGUGUCGGCAUCAGCACCUGGGCAUGAGGUUCCAACUCUACAAGGCUGGCGUUGGGAACUAUCUGACUUACACAGACCCUGCUGGCUCUGAGGCUGAAUUUCCCAUCACCAGCGCCAGACGGGAACACGAUGGCAGCAACACCUGUCAUUAUACCUACAGAGCAGGACGAGCUGCUUACUCGGAGCCCAGCGACCCUGUGCAGAUCAUUGUAGCAGGUGAGGGGCCCAGCCAGCACCUUGGCUCCCAUCCUCACACCCAGACGGAUCCCAGCAGAUGGGACGUCCAGCCCAAGCACUGGCGCCUGGGUGUGCGGAUCGUGCUGAAUAAAGAGGGACGCCAUUUCCCACCUGUGGAUUCGGACGGGUUUGAGGCUGUGUUUCCCAUCAACAACGUGCGCCGGGAGGACGGCGGGAGCUACAGCUGCUCCUAUCACAGCCGAUCGGAGCUGUUUGUCGUGUCGUACCCCACCGACCUGUGGAGCUGGUGGUGA